ACAACAAGUGAUGUCAAGUUGAGUUCAUUCGAAUCGAGGAAACUCCAGAAAUUUCUGUCAAAGUGCAGAAACGUAUGAUCUGUUCAUGCGCCAAUAUGUAUAUAAUGGCCACUUCCGUCCCUUCAGGUAGACACAAUUCUUAGACCAGAUUCAGAUCAAGACAAAUACAAGCACAAUCAAACAGCGAUCAUCAAGAAACCACAAACCUCUCACCACAAGUUCAAUUCACCUCAAAUCACUUUUACCACACACCAAAACAAAAAUGUCCGUCUUCGCCCCCCGAUUCUACAACGAGCCUAGCUUCAACGGACUCUUCCGUCUCAUCGACGAGUUCGACCAGUAUGCCUCCCAGUCAUCUGGAGAGAACGUCGACAGCAACAACAACAACAAUAAGGUCGCUCGCCAGGGCGGCGGCAGCCGCCUGACCCUGCCCACUUUCACCCCCAAGUUCGACCUGAAGGAGACGGAAACAUCCUACGAGCUGCAUGGCGACCUCCCCGGCAUCAACAAGGAGGACGUGCACCUCGAAUUCACCGACGACCACACCCUGCGCAUCUCCGGCAGGGUCGAGCGCUCCCACACCAGCGGCGACGCGAGCCUGGUCGGCGGCGACAAGAAGACGCAGGUCGAGGAGGAAGCUGAGGAUGCCGACAAGGGCAAGCAGGUCACCAAGACCCCCUCCGACAACGACAAGCAGGUCUCUGGUACCACUGCGCCCGCCCCCAAGGUCAAAUACUGGGUCUCCGAGCGCAGUGUGGGCGAGUUUGCCCGCACCUUCAACUUCCCGACCCAUGUCGACGCCGAGGCCAUCUCAGCUAAGCUGGACAACGGUGUGCUGAAUGUCGUCGUUCCCAAGGCCAAGAAGCCUGAGGGCCGACGCAUCGCCAUUCAGUAAACUGGCUCUGAUGAUGAUGAUUGGAAAAAGAAUUUAAAUGACGAAGAAAGAGCUUCCUGGAGAAGGACUGGAUUGUUUGUUAGUUAGCAUUGCUAUUGGCGUUCUCAGUUUGUUGUGAGUGGGAAGAUUCGAGUAAUGUUUUGAUACUACGGAUUUCAUAUUUUAUUAUUAAAAUAAAAUAAAAUAAAAUAAUGAACAUUAUUUUCUCACCCUAUUCUAUACCAGCCUUGAUA